AUUCCGGCAUCUUUCUGGAAGAAACCAUAUUAUUAUGCCUCCUCCACGGGCAUACUCUCGGCAAGUAGGAAUCAGCCGACAAAAGCAAUCGUUGUCUUGUUUCGUAUUCUUCAGACUUUUUCCCGCCUCUCUCGGCCGAAAGCAUCUGACUAGUGCCAUUUCAGAUUUGGGUGGUGACGACCAAAUGUGAGUGUCUGCGUCAGUGCUACUAACCCAAUCACGUAUUACAGAAUAGCAUCAUCUCGCCGCACGAGUUUCGGCCAACUUCAUCGCCGCCCUUGACGCGUCGGUCAGCCUUUGAGCGCGAAAAGAAUUUCAAAAAAAAAAAAAAA